GCUGCUGAAGUCCAAACUGAGCAUGAAGAAAGGUGGUCAGUGACUGAACGUGGCACUGGUAUCACUCCUGUCAGUGAGAGCAGGGAGCUGAGGCUCACACUCACAGACCUGGCCAGCAGAUGGAGAAAGAGUUUGAGUUUUGGUCUGAAACUUUUGAUCAGGGCUGUAUCUGCAAAUCAAAAACCUCAAGACCAGAGAGAUCAGGCUGAUCCCAAAACGGCGUUCAUGAGGGUCGCCGCAGGGUGGAGCGCGCCAGGGCGAGUCCCGCCUACCUGCUGUUUAACUGGUCCCAUGUGAAAUAACCUAAGAUGAUAAAAAUAUGUAAAUGAGGAACUUUAAUACCUGCAUAUGGGUGUGGCAAAUAACUAGAGAAGAUUUUUUAAAAUAGUGUUUUAAAAAUAUUAUUUUUGUUCACAAAUCACUCUGUGUGAUGUCAGCAAAUUAGGAACGAGUGUUUGCAGCCGCGCCAUAAGUAGCCACCCAUCACUCAGAAGUUCCUCUUUCAUAGAAACGCUGCUGCCGCCGCUCAGACGUCUGCAGAGAUGCUGCUCUGCCUGCUCCUGUGUGUCCACGUCUGUCACAGCGCUGCAGGAAUCCCCACAGUCAGCACACGGCAGCACACGGACGCUGUGCUCACCUGUCCUCAUGCUCAGGGAGAUGUAACCUGGAGCCGAGCUAUAAGAGGCACCCGGGUGACUCUUCUCACCGUCCGUAACGGUCACAUGAACAGCAGUUCGAAGCGCUUCGGUUCCCGUAACAACAACGAGCUGCUUAUCAGGAAUGUGGUAGAGUCUGAUACUUCGAUGUAUCUGUGCAAUGAGAGGAAGACCGCCUAUCUGAAUGUGACCACAGACCCCAGCGUGGUGGAUCGAACAGUCACCGGGAGAAAGGACGACCCUGACCGGAAGGUGACGGCUGCAGGUGCUGACACAGCGCCCCCCUCAGACUUGUGGAAAGUUCCUGUUGGCGUGCUGGCAGGAGCUGCACUGGUGCUGUUGUCCAUGUUGACUCUGAGACUGUGGAAAGCCGAGAAAGCAGCGAGGGACGCGAGGGCGGUGCUGAGCGAGGUGGUUUACGAGGAGAUCGGACACGCCGACGUUGAGCCCGGCCCAGCCCCUGAGUCCAAGGUGGAAACCCCGUACUGCUGCUCCGACGUCGGCAACCAGUCAAACACCUCCACAGCACCGACUGCUCCUCUGUACAGCAACCAGUGCAGGCCCCAACCUGAAGGACACGCCUCCGACACCUGCGUGUAUCACCUUACCCAGAAUCCUCUGCAGAUAGAAAGCAGCUGCCGGAGCUCCUCCUGACUCCUUUAAACCAGUUAUCAUGGGUGAGGGGCGGGUCUGACUGAGACUCCUCCCCCGCGUCCUGCUCCUCCCUUACUAUCGAAGGACCAUCACCUCCAAAAAUUAACUUUCAUUUAGCCAGACCUGAAGGCAGUGACUGAGACCAUGAACCAAUCAGGAAGCAGUUUACCGAGAUCAGCGCUUUCCUCAGCAACUUCUAUCCAAUCAGAACACAGGAGCCCCUCCCACAUGCCCUGGAAAGACCAUUUCCAUCUUUUAGAUACAGUCUAAUUAUUUUCACGUUGCUGAAUCAGUUUACGUACAAAACGUCUUAAAAUAUGACGAACAGGCUGGAGCAGCAGAUGCAGAGCUUUAAUAUUAUGUGUAAAUUUAUAAAAGUGAUCUUUGAAUAAAUGUUGUCAGUUUUUUUCAGAAUCACUGCUCUUUGGAAAGCAAAAUAAUAAUAAUAAUAAUAAUAAUAAUAAUAAACCAGCAAGAAA